CGCAAUAUUAUCAACGAUCGUCCAUCUCUGGCAAAAUGUUUCCUCAAUUUCGUGGAACUAAACAAGGCUACUGGGAGCCGCCUCACUUAUUGCUGGACGGAAGCGUCUUCUUGCCGAAAUUGGAACUCGAGUCUGAUGAGUUUGAGGAUGAUGAUUUGUCCCUGAGGCCUUCAACUCCAAGUGGUAUUCUAGCAUCACCGCCCGGGUCGUUUGUUGAGAAGCCCUCGAGGUCCUCGAGACGAAGAGCUAUCUGGAUCUGGUUCUGUUGCUCCUGUAGUCAUGGUGGGAUGAAAGUGAGCACUGAUCCUUGCCCAAGCUGUGGUACGCCGAGAUGUAUAAAUUGCGACACACAAAGAGUAUAUACACGCUAGGACACGGUAGCUAUCUUACGGAAAGAAACUUAACAUGAACGAUAAUCAAAGUGAGGGAGCAAGUAAAAAUAAUGUCCAAUGACUGUACUUUACUAGCAUUUUACUCAGACAAAUAAUGAAUGGAUUAACCACAA